GUAAGCCUUCUGCCAGAUAUUCUAGAGCAGUGGUCUGUGGCUACGGGAGGGACUGCCUGCACAGAUGGUUAUUCCGGGUCCACACAGCUCGGAGAUCUUGGCCGGCUUCUGAUGGACAAGGACCAGGCCGUUCACGGACAGCGGCAUUAAAGGAUUUGGGUCUUGAGGUGGAUUCCAGGCUUUCAGAGUCUGACCAUGUGAGACCCUGGUGAGGUGGACCAUGUCGUCUCUGUCAGACCUCCUCACCUGCUAGAACCAUCGGCUCCGUGAUGAACCACACGUCCAGCCCCCAGAUGGCCGAGAGCGCCAAGUCCCCCUCGGGCCUCCUGUGCGGCUUGGGUCCAGACCGUAUGCGCUCCCCGGACAGCCUGGCACACACGCCCAGCCCCACGGGGGGGACGCCCAGUGCUAGUCCGCCCCUGCUGCUGUCGCCAGGGUUGGGCUGUGAGGUUGCCGGCGGUGACUGGGAGAGUCGCGAGGAACUGCGGAUGCGUGAGCUGGAGGAGGCUCGUGCUCGGGCGGCGCAGAUGGAGAAGACCAUGCGCUGGUGGUCCGACUGCACCGCCAACUGGAGGGAGAAAUGGAGCAAGGUUCGGGCGGAGCGGAACCGGGCGCGGGACGAGGUGCGCACGCUGCGUCAGCGGCUCGAUGCGCUCACCAAGGAGCUGUCGGGGGUGCGGCGCGAGCGGCAGGAGCUGGCCUCCGAGACGGAGCAGCUGCGGCUCGAGACCCAGAGACUCCGAGCCGAGCCCGCAUCCCUGUCCGGUGGGCCCGCCUCCACCGCUGCCUCCUGCUCCCCCCCCAGUCAUCCUGCCUCCUCCGACACCACUCCGCUUGGCCCAGAGGACGACAGCGCUGGAGAGGGCCCGGGAUCUCCAGAGCAGGAGCCCGUCCGCGAUGUGGGAGCCGACAAGGCGGAGAGGCAGAAGGAGCUGCAGCUGUUGGAGGCAUUUCUCAGGUCUAAGGCGGAGUCUCCGGAGUCAUGGGACGGCCGCAGCGUUAGCAGUCUGCGCUCUGCCCUUGGCAGGCAGGACCGCACCAGGCUUCUGUGGGAGGACGUUGCUGCCCUGGAGGAUGACUCCAGCAAGCUCAGCGCCCUCCAGCUACGCUUGGACGAGGCCCAGAAAGUCCUGCAGAAAGAGAGAGAGGAUAAACAUGCCCUCGGUAAAAGCAUAGAGAAGCUGGAGACGGAACUCAGCCAAUGGAAGCUGAAAUUCGAGGAACUGAACAAGAGCAAACAGGAAGCGCUUAAACAGCUGAAUCUGCUGAAGGAAGUGCAUCAGGACGAGCUGGGCCGCAUGUCUGAAGAUCUGGAAGAUGAGCUGGGUGCACGCACCAGUAUGGACAAGAAACUCGCCGAGCUGCGCUCAGAGAUGGAGCGUCUGCAGGUGGAGAACGCGGCGGAGUGGGGGCGGAGGGAGAGGCUGGAGACGGAGAAGCUGGUACUGGAGCGUGAGAACAAGAAGCUGCGUGGGCAGAUGGAGGACCUGGAGGAGCAGCUGGCACGCAAACUCCGCCAGGCAGCCAGCGCCUUGGACACCGACCUGAAGAGCGUCCAGGGAGACCUGUUUGAGAGGAACAAGGAGUUGGCAGAUCUGCGACACGUCCAUGCGAAGGUGAAGAAGCAGUACCAGGAGAAGACGGCAGAGCUCCAACAUGCCAACCGACGGGUGGAGCAGCAUGAGGCCGAGGUGAAGAAACUACGACUGAGAGUGGAGGAGCUGAAGAAGGAGCUGGGACAGGCUGAGGAUGAGCUGGAUGAAGCUCAUAACCACAGUAGAAAGCUCCAGCGCUCUCUGGAUGAGCAAGUUGAGCAGACAGAGAAUCUUCAGGUUCAACUGGAGCAUCUCCAGUCCAGGCUGAGAAGACAGCAGACCCCCGGCCUAUUUGGGAAGAUGAGGGGCUCCACGGCAUCACGCUUUGGUUCCGACGACCCUGACGCCCCACCCAGUGACCCUGACGAGGAGGAAGAGGACCUGCAGCUUCAGCUUGCCUGAGCUCCAUGCCCGUGAUGUUCGCACCGCCACCACCAGCCCCAUCCUGUAGUUCAGACUCCUUUUGAGAACUGGACCAUCAACCUCACCCCCAUCCACACCAGAGCACCUGCACGCCGACCUGUGUCAUGCCAGAAGGUCUCCUCUUUGUAGAUUCUCAAAGAGAGUAAACAAUGGGGCAGCAGGGAGAUAGGACAUUCUAUUGCCCCAUUAUCUCCAAAAUUAUUGCUACAUCUGCUCUCCUGCACUGGGCGUGUGAAGACUCCAGACGUGUGUGUUCACUCUCUCGCUGGGCGUGUGAACACUCCAGACGUGUGUGUUCACUCUCUCACUCAAGGUUGUUCCCUUUCACUCCUCAUCUGAUCCUCCCUGUUGGAUGUCGUCUCCACGCUCCUGAGUCGUGGGGUCGUGGUGGGUCAGUAGGACUCAGACCAGCCUCCUCCAGUCUCAGUCUCAGUUAUUCAAAGCUGAAGUUGUGUGUUGAGCGUUUUAAUGGCUGUCGUCAGUUAUGAGUAAAUGCGUUUAAGCAAUAAGACCGCCUGGUAGCUACAGCAGUGGGACCAAUACAGACUUCCUGUCAACAGGGACAUUUUUAUUGCUCGUGGUGAAAAAUAUUUAAGUUUUUUGUUUUUGCUUUUUUUACAUAAUUUGGUCUGUAGUACAGUGUUUUUAUUUGGUUUC